AUGUCCUCGUCACCCUUGUUGGGAACAACGCUGCCCAUGGCGGCACGUUCGUUUCCGACAUCUGGAUUUGAACAACUGGACCCGACAGAUCCCAUCGAAGAAGAACUUCUCCCAGGGUACAAGCCUGAGCAGUUCUACCCAGCAAACAUUGGGGAAGUCUUCAACGGCAGAUACCAAGCACUCUGCAAGAUUGGCUAUGGAACAACCUCGACUGUAUGGCUUGCUCGUGACCUCCAGACUUCAGAGGGCCCUUCUGCAUAUGUUUCCCUCAAGAUAUACACAAAUGGCUAUGUCAGAGGUGAUGAGCUUGCAGUAUUACAGCACAUCAACACUGUCUCUGCUGAGACAACACAUCCAGGCCAUCAGGAUAUCCGCAAAUUGCUUGCCUCAUUCGAGAUCAAAGGACCACAUGGCGUGCACAUGUGCCUUGUACAGCAGGCUCUGGGAAUGAGCCUCCAUGGGCUUUUACAAUUUAUCCCCACAAGAUCUCUGAGUUUGGAGUUAUUGAAGCCGUUUCUUCGACAGUGUCUGUUUGGUUUGGAUUUUCUGCAUACAACAGCGGGAAUAAUACACACAGACCUCCAGCCAAAGAAUCUCCUUUUCCCAGUGGAUAGCCCGUUGAUAUUUAGCGACUUGGAGGAGGAUGAAAUCAAGAACCCUUCCGCCCGGAAAGUGCUUAGCGACCGGGUCAUCUACCAGACCAAAGAACUCCCUCGUCCACGUCGGGGCUUCCCUCUCAUUUGUGACUUUGGAGAGGCGACAUUUAUGAACAAGGACGGACAUCCCCAUACCGACGACAUUAUGCCCGAUUUAUUCAGGCCUCCGGAAGUGGUUAUGCGUAUGGCCUGGGAUGAGAAGGUUGAUAUUUGGAGCAUUGCGCUGUUGACCUGGCAUCUCGUUUCUCCUCGCCCUCUCUUCGACCGUCGUAACCCUGAGACCGGAGAACCUGAUGAUAGGUUCAUGAUUGCACACCUUGGGGCACUUCUGGGUCCGCCACCCCCGGAAUUCAGACGCAGAAGCGCUGUAUGUCAGAGUUUCUGGGAUGAGAAUGGAAAAUGGACGGACGCAGUCCCAAUGCCUGAGCUUACACUUGAAGACCUAAGCACGGGUAUCAUAGGGGAGAACAAGGCUGGCUAUUUACAGUUCCUACGCAGGGUACUUCGGUGGCUUCCUGAGGAGCGGCCAACCGUUAGAGAACUCAUUGUUGACCCGUGGCUAAUGGAAGGCCUUGGGGGGAAGAAGGCAGCGGGGGGUUGA